AUGUUUGCCAGAUCCUCCAUCCGCACCGCGCUGGACAUUCGGUGGAUUCCCAUUAUGCCAUUGACUCGAGCAGUAUACAUACAUCAAACCUCAACAAUCCCGUUCCACGCAACACCGGCCGAAAUUCCUCCACAAUCCGGCGAACAAAUUACAACAGAUGUGCCAUCGCAAUCGGAAUUGCCCACGUUACAAAGUUCUCCACCCCAAUCCACAUCAACAUCCCCCUCGACGACGACAACUAUCCCACCAAAUAAACUCUUCAUCUCUCCCACCUUUACAAAACCCCUGACCCUUACACCGUCUCUAACUUCUCUCCUCCCGCAUCUUACCACACAAACACCUCACUACAUUACCGCCCACCUGCACGCGCGCCCCUAUCUCCUAACAGCGGGCGACACACUUCGUCUUCCCUUCCUCAUGCCCAAUGUAAAGGCGGGCGACAUCCUCCGUUUCAACCGGGCAUCAGUAAUCGGCUCGCGCGACUUUACACUCAAGGGGGCGCCAUACGUUGACGAGCGGCUCUUCGAGUGCCGGGUGAGGGUUAUUGGGACAGAGUCGGAGCCACUCCGCAUCAAGGAGAAGACCAAGCAGAGACAGAGACAUGUGAGGCGGGUGAAGAGUAAACAUAGGUAUACGAUCUUGAGGGUCGUGGAUGUUAAGGUUAAGGGGUUGGAUGAAUUGGUUAACGAGGGGGCGGAGAUUGUGGGUGAAGACAUGGAGGGUAUGGCAGGACUGAAAGGGGCAGAGAAGGAGUGA